AGUUGCCAACUUCACACAAACGCACACCAAACACACCCCAUUAGCACCUAUAUGUGAAACCUGCCGUGUUUGGGGUUGUACAACAUAUUGCGCUUCAUGCGGUUAAAUUUUGGUCUACAGUGCUGUGGGGAGGUCAAAAUGAUUAUACCUGUGAGAUGCUUCACUUGUGGUAAAAUAGUUGGAAAUAAAUGGGAGGCAUAUCUUGGCCUUUUGCAAGCAGAAUAUACAGAAGGUGAUGCCUUGGAUGCUUUGGGUCUGAAAAGAUACUGUUGUCGCAGAAUGCUGCUUGCCCACGUAGACCUGAUUGAAAAGCUCCUGAACUAUGCCCCACUGGAGAAAUAAAUAUGAAGAAUUUAUGGUGCUACAUGUACAUGAACCAAAGUUUUUACAGUCCUCAGGCCAAACUGCUGGGAUUAGAAAUCAGAUUAGUAAUCUGUGGGAAAUUCCUUAGCCACUUAGCAUCACCCCCAAAAAAUGACUUAAUAAUGAAUUCCACCUAGACAGUUGGGGACUGUGCUUUUAAUUACACGGGGAUUUUGUCAGUUUCUAAGUA